GAGGGAGUGUCACACACCUAUUGGCUUAGGCCAGAAUGCACUGACCAGUCAUGAGGGAGGAGGACAGGAUUACUAUGUUUGAUUGAAUAAUCAGGGUCCAUCUUCCAGAUGACCAGGUUGCUCCACAAAGGGGACAGGGCAGAAAGGGUGCUGAGGGUCCUGACUCUCUGGGGAAGUGCACGGCAUGGGGCUAGAGCCAGGCUGCGUGGACUCAGGGCUUGGGUCUGUUACUGCAUGAUUUCAGGCAGCUUGCUUAACUUUUCUGUGCCUGAGUUUCUUUAUAUUGAGAGAAAAAGUGCUUUUGAGAAUUACACAUGCAAAUGCAUGUAGAACAUUUAGAACCGAUUCAGCGGCUACUGGGUUGGAGUCCCCAGCAAAUGCAUGUCAACCUGCACUCAAAAAAUUCUGAUUAUUAUGAAAAUGGUCACAAUUUCAAGUGCAGAAGAUUGUGCAUUAAAAUCUUGAUUUCUUAUUUUUAUGAAAAGUUAGAGAUAUGGCAACACCAGUUUUCCUGCAUGAAAGGAAGUGCAGGAUACGUCCUAGCUGCUGCUUGCGACACGUGUAGGCGCCAGGUUUCCUCAGGGCCCUCCUGGGGCCACACCAGGCCCUCUGCCUGCCUCCUGCUGCUGUCUGCAGACCUCUGUAGAUGGAUUGGUGCAGGAUCCCUGAUUCAGUCAACCUGGAGAAAUGAAGUCACUCUGACCCUCAUUUUUAAAAAGUCAGAAAAAUGUAAAGAUUAUGUUGUUAAAUAAACAACCCUCAAAGAAAAUGUUUGAUUUUCAACUUCAUACACUCACACAAGUGAUGCAGAACAAUGUCUGCUUCUUUUUCUUAGGAAAUUUAAUAACUGUGCAUAUUGCCUUUGAGAGAGUGCUGAAAAUGUGCCCCCUACAGCUUAUAAAAAUGAAGUGCCUGCCUGCAGUGCAGAGCGCCUUUCACUGUUUCCGGGGGUUUCUGGGUUGGAGUCCCGAGCAAACGCAUGUCCAGGACUCAGGACCUCACUGUCGUUCUCCUGUGUGUGCCCCAGUGCUCUCCACUGGUGUCUCGGGGCCUCCUCCAGGGCAGCCGAGCCAGGACCAGCAGGCUCGCUCCUGCCACCCACUGCAGACGCAGUCCCUAAUGCUGGCAGGCACGAUUCCUGGGAUGGCAGGCUGAGAGCUGCUUCAGAUGGCACGUUGAGCCAUGCCCCUGGCUGACAAGGGAAAGAUCAUUUUCCCCUCCAGCCCCUGCAGAUCAGCAAGUGCCCACGUUUCCAUGUGAUGAUGAAACACAAGUAAACAAGCCGUGGUGCCGUCUGGGAAUGCUUCACCCAGUGUGGCUGGUCAUAAACUGGUCCAAUUUAGUUGAGACACUUGGAGUGGCCGCUCGUUGGCCACUUCAGAGAAACCAGCGGUGUUAAUUGGAAGACUCUCUCCAAGUCUCAGCAGGCCAGCUGCGCGCCGGGACACCAUGGCUCUGACUUAAGCCUCUGCCCUGCAGUCAUGCUGUGACUCAGGGGCUGACCCAGAGCUCGGGAUUAUGGAGGCUUUGGAGAAGCAGCUGCACCUUCAAGCCAGUUUCCUUGGAUGUAUUUCCUGCCACCUCUCACAGACUCGAAUUAUAGAAAGAGAGAGAGACACGAACUGGGUUUCACUGCAGCAAACAUCCACACAGGAUCUGCUGUCACGGUUGCCUCCUGGGAAAGCUCAUUUUGUAGACUGGAAAUAAUGAAUAAUUAGACCAUUGCUAAAUGUAUGUUUUGUUUUCUGAACAAAUUCAAAGCAUGUGAAAGAUAAUGAAGAUUUUCUUAAAAUUAGGGCUAUUUUAAUCCUCCCUACUGUUUAGCCCUAAUGGAAUAUUUAUUCCAAAAUUUCUGUCACUUAGGCUUCUCCAGAGAUACAGAUCAAGAGGAUGUAUUCAUGAGUGUGUGUGUGUGUGUGUCUAUGGCAGAGAGAGAUCUUUUACAGGGAUGGGGUUGUGUAAUCAUAGAAACCAAGAAGUUUGACUGUUUGACAUCUGUAAGCGGGAGACCCCGGAAAGCUGGUGAUGAAAUUCUGUCCAAGUCUCAAGGUCCCAGAACCAGGAGCUCUGAUGCUCAAGCGCUGGAGAAGAUGGGUGUCCCAGCUCACACAGAGAACGCAUUCACCCUUCCCUGCCUUUUUGUUCUGUUCGGAGCCUCAGCAGAUAGGAUGCCUGCCCACAGUGGUGAGGGCACAUCUUUACUGUCUGUCCAUUCAGAUGCUUAUCUCUCCGGUAAACAGCCUCACAGAAACGCCCAGAAAUAACGGCUCACCAAGUACCUGAACAGCCCUUGUUUAGCCAUCGCAAGCUCACCCCUUGCCCACUCGCCACCUACAUGCAUGCCUUUAAAUCGUAAUUCCCAGAGAAAGACAAAACAAGGUCACAAUUCCAAUGGGCAUGACACUGCUGUCCUGUACACAACUGAAAAUGCACUCAUCCCUUCCCGGAAGAGAAGGUAACGUGCUUGAGUUGAUGUUUACUCUCUCCUGAUAUCCUGUAACUGAAAAUACUAUGAGGUAAAAUUGUCAAUAAUUAAACACUGAGAGAGAAGUUUUAUGUUACAUGUUAAGGGAAUAAAAGGAAAGUAAAAGAUAUAUAUAUGUAUGUGGGGGUAGACACACACACACACACACACACACUCAAACAUAUUCUUAACAAAAUAAGAAGGAAAUACUCAUUGACAAUUACUGUUUUCAUUUCUGUAACUGGUCACAUCACAGCUGAUAUUUAUAAUGUCUUCUGCCCAUUCUGUAUUCCCGUUGCCUUCAGCCAGCACCUCAGCUGGUUGUGGUCUUUACCUGGUGAUGUGAUGCAAACCGUCACUCCUGAAGGGUCUGGGCCAUUAGUGGUACUACCUGGGAUGCGUCAGGGUAGUUUCCAUUGACCCUCAUCACAGGGCUUACUAAGAGAAGUCCCAAGGGAUCUCCUGCAUCCCAUAUUGUUCCUUACCUCCAUACUAGAGCAGUGGUCUGUUUUCCCCAGGGUAGUCUGGGUCAGUCACCCAGCCAACACCAUAAAUCGCGCCUUUGCCUGUUGACUCAAAAGCCUGAGGAGCCCAGACCAUGAGGCAUCUUAACUUCCAGUUCAGUGGAAUUACUGUUGUGCCUCCUGGUGGAAUCAUUUCUUUCCUCCGGGCCUAAAAACCCCUAGACCAGUAGAACAUAAAAGUCAUGAAAAAAAAAAUGUUGCUAGUGGGUCACUAAGGGUAAUGAUGGUACCACUCCCCUCUGAACCUCUUGAUUCCUGGACCGUAUGGGAACACCAGCAUACAUGGGAUGUUAUUCAGAGCGUACCCAGCUUUUUGGAGAACAUCGCCCCAGCCCUCAAGGUAUUGCUACCUCUCUGACCCUGUAACUGAGUUUUCAAAAGGCCCCUCUACUGUUUUGUCAAACCAGGUGCUUCAGGGUAGUGGGGAACAUGGUAAGAGCAGUGAGUUCCAUGCACAGGCUCAUUGCUGCACUUCUUUGGCUGGGAAGCAAGCUCCUGGAUCAGAGGCAAUGCUCUGUGGAAUACCAUGACAAUGGAUAAGGCCUUCUGUAAGUCAAGCUACAGAUAGUAGCUUUGGCAGAACUUAAAUUCUAUAAGUUACUUACAGAGAAGCAAGUGGGAACCUUUUUUCCCAAGAAGUAGUUUCUUAUGGAGAUUGCUUUGACAAUCAUGAAGAAAAUGCAACCUGUUAAGACCUUUCAUUGGGAGAUCUGGGCUGGUGCUCAUGUGCUCUGGGCCCUGUGGAGUGCUGGAAAACACCUGGAGGAGCCACUGCUCUCAAACAGCCAGAGUGAGGUGUGUGCACCGAAGACCAGAUCAGACCGACCCGCGGAGGCACCCGGCAGAGCUUACAGCAGGCCCCAUCACGAAGGAAGGGCUAUGGAGGAUUUAUUCAACACAAAUCAGGAGCAGAUGUCUCCAUUUCAACCCUACACAACCAUGGAGGACCACAUGCUCCCUAUGAGGGGUGAGAUGAGGACUGAACUAGAAAAAACGGGCCGCACUGGGUAAUGCUAAGAAAUACAAAAACUCCAGAUCCCACUGGGACUAGAGAAUAGCAAAUAGAAGGCAAUCAUCUUGGCUGUAUUUCCGGGUGGAGUUAGUGCAAACGGCAGGAUGAGGAAACAGUGGUGGGGCAGCUGGAAGAGGGUGCCCUCACCAACUUCUCCCUGCCUGGCUUGGACUUGCUUGUGCUAACAGGGCCAGCCCUCUCCCUCCCACCCACCCCCAACCCACUGGACUCGUUUGAUCUACAAACAACACCACAGCUUCCUGGGACUUCCUCCUAGAAACCAUGUGUUUCAGGUCUCCUCCUUCCUGUCCUCUCCCACUCCUGGGAAGGUUCCCCAAAGCCUUAAGAUUGCAGUUUCUGCAGCCCCCUUAUAAUUGCAUUUGUUCUUUAAUUCCCAGUCUUUCAAAAGAUCAUGACCACUAAUGAAUAAUUAUACAGUAAGACCUCACUUAACAUCAGUGAUAGGUUCGGUUUUUGGAAACCACAGCUUUAUGCAGAACAACAGAUAAUGAAACUGAUUUUACCAUAGACCAACUGAUAAAAACAGCUUAAUGUCUACCACAUAUUUCUGGUCACUGAAACAUCACUAAACUUCUAAACAAAGACCAAAACACUUCUAAAUAAAGACCAAACACUGCUAAUAUUAAACAUUAAUAAAUACGAGCUAUACAUACAUUUAAGAAAGAUUGAUAAUAAAAGCAAGUAAUGUGAUGAUUUACCCAGUUUUUCCAGUUCAGGGUCACAGAUGACAGCAGCCUCCAGGGCAGCACAGGAGGCCGGGCGGAAGCCAGCCCCGGACUGGCCCCCAUCUCAUUGCAGGUGCUCUUACACUCACCCACACAGGGCCAAUUCGGACACCCCAGUGACCCUAACAUGCACAGGCUGGAGAUAUGGGAGGAAACACGCACACCCAGAGAAAACCCACGCAGACCUGCCAAGAAGGUGAAAUCUCUGCACAGACAGCAGCCCCAGCCGGGGAUAACAAGAUGACGUUGAAUGAAAGACAUUGUUGGAGGACCUGCCGUAUCGGCCUGUAGGCUGAAAUUGGGUAGGAUCCACAGUAAUCAAACUCGUUCUAACAGCCCACGUUCAGAGACGCCAGACUGUCCAGGCUCCGUCAGGCUUACCUCCAUCAUCACGCCUCUCCAUGAAGCUCCUGAGUGAAUUAAUACCAUUAUUCUUAUCCCUGUUUUACAGAAGAGAAGUCAUAGCCUGUAAGCACUAAUUUCCUGGAGGCCACAGUUGAAUCUGCACAGUGUUACAUAAUUGUUUUGGGGGUUGUGAUGGUGGUGUUUCCUUGUUUAUUUGGUUCCCACUCUGUCACCCAAGUGGGAGUGCAUUAGUGUGAUCGUAGCUCACUGCAGCCUCAAAUUCCUGGGCUCAAGCAAUCCUCCUGCCUCAGCCUCCCAAGUAGCUAGGACUGCAAGAACGCUCUACCAUGCCUGGAUAAUUUUAAAAACUUUUUGUAGAGACAGACGGGUUCUCACUAUGUAACCCAGGCUGGUCUCAAACUCCUGGGCUCAAGUGAUCCUCCCACCUCGGCCUCCCAAAGUGCUGGGAUUACAGAUGUGAGUCAUCAUACCCAUAGUUGUUUAAAUUGAUGCAAAAGAUGGAGAAAAGUGUGUCUUGAAUCUAUUGAGUACAAACUGUGUACAUAAACAUUGGGGGGAGGGAUCUGAUUUUCUUCAGACAUUUCAGAAAUUGCAUUACAUUUAUCCAAAAAGCUUCUAAAAAUGAAAGACUACCAAAAAAAGCAAUGUAAUGUAAACCAUGGUUAUCUUGGGGACAAGUAAUCCCCAGAUAAGUGAUUUCCAAAUGUUUGUGUUUUUCUUACUUUCUAAAUGAAAGAUAAAGAAAAUAAACUUUAUUUUAAAAACCAAAAUAAUCCUAAUAGAAAAAUCCUGGUAGAACGUGGUUGUAGGAGGGUAUCUGUAAUAAGAGGAGUGGAAGAGGUGGGGUGUGGCUGUCUAUCAUUUCAGGACAUGGAGAGGGAAAUGGGGUCCCUGCCUCCCAAGGUGACAACAUUCAACUUCCAGUCCAUGGGAAAGACCCUGAAAUACUAAGGCUGGAGCCCCAGCAUCUCACAUAGGUUAUUUUGGGUGUUGGUGGGUUUUGCUGAGGUGAGUGUUUUCUGGUCAAUAAAGCCAAGUUAUUUUGGGCCACCAUAAUUGUGAGUUAGACAGGUGGUUUGUGUGUGAAACAUUUAAUUUGCUGGCUGAGUAGUCUGUUGACUUUGGAUAAGGGUAGAAACAGUUCUAUACAAGCUUCCCAAAAUGAUGGGCCCUGAUGCUGAUCUUAUCACUGUUACAACAGAUGCACAUUGCCAAGGCAGGCUGGACUAUGGGAGGGGAGCGCUAGGAAAAAUCAUGUUACUUUCAUUGCUUUUGUGCUUACCACUCUACUGUAUCUGAGUACCUUUUAGGUUUAGUAGUCCCUCCUUAUUCGUGGGGGGAUAUAUUUCAAGACCCUCCAUAGAUCCCUAAAACCUCAGCACUGAAUAUACAUACAUGUAUAUAUACAUCAUGUUUUUUUUCUAUGCAUACACACCUGUGAUGAAGUUUAAUAUCUACAUCAGGCACAGUGAGCAACGAUGACUAGUAAUGAAAUAGGACAGUUAUAACAAUAUGCCAACAUCCAUCCUCUUGCACUUCGGGACCAUUAUUAAGUACAGUAAGGGCCCCUGGACACCAGCUCUGUGCCACUGAGAGAGUCCAUCUGAGAACCAAGACCACUGCUAAGUGACUCACAGGCAGGUGAAGAGACGGUGUGGAUGCUUUGGACAAAGGGAGGAUUCCAUCUGUGACGGGACAGGACAGAAGGGCACAUUUCACCAGGCUCCUCAGAAGGACACAUGAUUUAAAACUGACCAAGUGUUUAUUUCUGGAAUUGUUCAUCCCAUAUCUCCAGAGCUUGGUUUGACCACAGGUAACAAACUGCAAAACCUCCAACAAGGAGAGACUGCCAUGAUGGUUUUUGCUGUGUGUGUCGGGAGAGCAUUGUAUGCAACCGUAGUUAUUAGUCAUUCGCUUUUCUUCACUCACUUGUAAUGGUAUGUUAGCAUUGUGCGAUUUCUAAAAUUACGCAGAAGAGAAUUCAUCUUGGAACAAGCCCCUAUUAGAAUAUCUUUUCAAUGUUAAAAGACAUGUUUUAUUCCUUUUAAAUAAUGACAGUUUAAAUUAGUCAUCUUCACAGUCUUUGCUAUUUAAUCUGGCCCUAACUUCAGGCAAUUGAUGCAAAUAAUUAAUAAGGCAAAAGUAACCCAAUUGGCCAGGAAACUGAUGGCCUGAGGUUGCAGAUGGAGGCACUGAAAUAGAAAUACCAGACAGGUGAUCUCUGGAGCCUCAGGCUUCAAUGCUGCCAUUGACGUGGGCUCAUUUCCCCUGGUGGCAUUACAGGCACCUCUCACUAGCCUUUGGACAGUGCUUUUGACACCUGGGACUUGGAGGCUCUUGGCUCCGCCAUUUUCUGCAGCAUCUCGGGGUCCCCUUUGCUGGCUUUCAGGCUGUGCCACCCCUGUCCUGCUCAGCUCUCCUCCCCCUGCUCUUCCUUAUGCCCCCCACUUCAUCAUCCAACCCUCAUAUUGUUUAUUUGCUCUUUGUUUUGGGCAUAGUUUACAAACAUUUGGAAUGUGUUGUAUUUUUGAAAGUGAUUUCCUCAUUCUAUCUUGCUGAAGCUAUUCUAUUACAGUUUCCACACGUAAUUAUUUCAGCUCUACUUCUGUCUGGAGGAAAAUGUCACUUGUAACUUUGUUGAGGGCAUUUUGGGACAAGUUCCCAUAAAACAGGAGACAUGUGAAGAGCACUGAAAUGGGAAAUGGAAUCUGCUAAUUUUAGAAAAAGGCAAAUAUUCCUGCCUUUUGAGAGCAGGCGCUGAAUGUGAAUUUUUAAAACGGGUUGUCCGUUAUCUCUAGCGCCUGUUGCUGGAGACGCAGCUGUCUUUGAACCAUGGCAGGGAAGAGGUUUCAGUAAGAUGACGGCAGAAAGCUACAUGGGGAGACAAAGCUUAAAUAUAGAUGGUUCUCCGCUGCAGUCCAGCCAGGGAAGAAAGCUGGCUGGCCAGGAACCCUGGGGGAGGUACAAAGAAACCCUCCCACACGGGGCCCAGGCCAGCCGGCAGCAGCAGGACCCGGGAACAUGCGCCCCUGGGCUCAUCCCAGUCCCAUUGAAUCAGAAACUCAUGGUAUGGGGCUGGGGACGGGGUCUGGACAGUUUCUGUUUUAACAAGCCCUUCAGGGUACUCUGACAUGGGCCAAGGGCAAGACCAUCAUCGUUCUCAGAGAACUUAGGAUGUUUAUGGCCAGCCAGGCAGCUAGGCCCAGCGCCUGUGAUAAUUUUAGCUGCCAUUACUGAGCAUUGACCCUGUGCCCUGCUAGCUCCUUCAGAAGUGCUGUCUUGUUUAAUCUUCACCAAGUCCUUAGAGAGAGGAAUUCAGCCUUGUGGAUGAGGACAUUAAGAGAUGAGUUUCACGCAGCCCUUGAGGGGCUGAGCACCAAGCUGGAAGGACACAUUAUUAGUGCAACAGAAAAGAGUGGCAGCAGUGUGGGCAUCAUGAGUCUCGGGAGGAUGCAUGCUGGGGCCCCUGGAGACACCAACUUCAUGGAGGAGGGAGGGCCUGAGCUGCCCUUGCCGGAAGAUGAGGACUUUCAAGAGGAAAGAGGACAUGUUCUGAGAACUCCAGCUAGAAAUGCGUGCAGUAGCCAACCUUGGGGUCAUAUCUGCAAGUCCUCUUCUCUCUGAAGUUGCUCCCUUAUCUCCUAAAAGGCACUCCCUCUCUCCCGGCUCCCCAUCUGUCCCCUCAACUCUCCCGGCUCCUCCAGGGAAGAAAAGUUUGGAUCCUGGAUAGCAGACAACCUUCUCCUCUGAAACGAGGAAGCCUGCGGAAAGGAAACGGAUGUUUUACAUUAAAAGCAAGUUCCGUUGUCUUAUAUUUCCAGCCAUAUCGUGAUUGAUAUGUCCCAAAAUCCCCUCUGCUACCAAGUGUCUUGAAAGGCUGGGUUUUCUGUGAUGGACAUCAUUGUAAAUGCAUAGCUGAGCUUUGUGUUACACAGAAAAUGAGAAGGAAAUCAUAUAACAGAAGCCUGAGGGAGAGCUGGGAUGCCGGGGGCUUCUGAGGAGGCCAGGGCUUGUCUUAGUCAUCUGGGGCCUCUCUUGGGGUUCUGAGCAGGCACAGGGCCCCUGGCCAAGUGGUAGAGGGGAACAGGGCCCUCAGCAGCUCCCAGUACAGGGAGAUGCCUUGGAGAAAAAACAUCAGAAAGUCACUCUUUCCAGGCCAGUUAGUCAGAAGAGAAAAAAAGUUACAAUAGCUUCAGUUAACCUGAAACAUGGCCAUCUCCCAACAAGCCCAGUGCCCGUACGAGGAAGGCCCAUGAAGAGUCUUGCGUCCUCAAGGAGCGUGCAGAGGCCUGGACAGCAAGACAGGAACCAUGGGGCUAACCCAGUGGAAAUAUCACAAACUCUGUAGAUUUUAUAGAUGGCAAAACUUAAGAAGCCAUGAAUAAGGAAAUAAAAGAACAGAACUGGCCCAGAAAGAAUUUUGUAAUCUAUGUGAAAAGAAAAAAAUGAAAAGUUUCCUUUUUAUGUGUUUUAUUUGUUUUGUGAGACAGAGUCUCACUCUGUGGCCCAGGCUGGAGUGCAGUGGCACAAUCCUGGCUCACUGCAACCUCUGCCUCCUGGGUUCAAGCGAUUCUCCUGCCUCAGUCUCCCAGGUAGCUGGGAUUACAGACAUGGGCCACCAUGCCCAGCUAAUGUUUGUAUUUUUAGUAGAGACGGGAUUUUACCAUGUUGGCCAGGCUGGUCUCGAACUCCUGACUUCAAGUGAUCUACCCACCUUGGCCUCCCAAAGUGCUGGGAUUACAGGUGUAAGCCACUGCGCCCAGCCCUUUCUAUGUUGUAAUUUUUCUUAAAAACACCUAAUAAAAUGUUGCAUUGCAGAGGAACAGUGACAAUUUUGUCUGUCACCACCAACAUCCACUUUUAGGUACAAGGGAAGGAGGAGCAGAGACACGAAGAUGAGAUGCUAAGAGUGGCUGGGCCCGGCCGAGGGACCCUGUGCCCUGUGGGGCUCUCAGUAGACACCUCUGGGGUCAGGCAAGGCAUAGGGACAGGCGCCUGGGAUGACUGACCUCACAGGGUGGCGUUACAGCACAGCUGGCCAUCUUCCCUGAGUCACAGAAAAUGGCCUGUAAUGUUGUCUGUUCUUCAGUAUCAAAGAGGUGAGGCUCAGAUAUCUGGAUUCUUAGCUUUUGUCAAAGAAUGCUCUUUUCUGUUACUGCACGCUAAGUGUUGAUUAUAUUGUCGAGAAUUGAUAUUGCACAGUGUGCCAGCUUGAGGAGGCCUUCCUGCCUGGGUGAGAUGCCCUGAACUCCAAGUGCCCUUUUGCACGGGCUCAGCCAGGGUCCCUGAGAGCAGCACAGGGCAGGGCACACAGCUUGCCCAGGAGAUGCCAUCUGCCUGUCAGGUGAGAAGAUGGCCUGACUCCUUUCCUCUCUUAUCCAUAGAGGUCUAUUUUAUUUCUUAUUUAAAUCACAGUGAAUUUCAAAGGGGAUUGGAGGCAGGUUUUUGUGUUUCCUUAUUCAAAUUAGAAAAGUCUAGAAAAAGGAAUAAUUUUUUAAAUUUAAUUUAGUUUGAUUUGUUCACUUUUUUAUUAUUAUACUUUCAGUUCUGGGGUCCAUGUGCAGAACGUGCAGGUUUGUUACCUGGGUAUGCAUGUGCUGUGCUGGUUUGCGGCACCCAUCACCCUGUCAUCUACAUUAGGUAUUUCUCCUAAUGCUAGCCCUCCCCUAACCCCCCACUGCCCUAACCCUAACCCCCAGGAAUAAUGUUAUUUUAAACGAUUGGAAAUAAAAAUAUAUUAAUGCUAGUUUUGAAACCCACAUUUUCCUUAAGUGGUUAGAAGUAAACACCAGGAGAGCUCAGAAAUGUAUGUGCUGGGAAGAGGGAGGGAGGAGGAAAUGCAGGUAAAGGCGGCCAUAAAGACACAGCGCAGUCCCGCCUUCUCGGGAAACAAGGCCAAAGCGAUCAGAGAGGAUGCCAUAUCAAACAGCACUCAUUUAUUUCAUAAUUUGGUCAUUUUUAUAUCAAAUUUACAUCCAGAGUGAUGGAUGAACAAGUGCAUUAUGGAAAGCUAAGUGAGAGUAGGCCACGUACUUUGUUCUCUAGACUUCUGAUAUUAAAAGGAUCGAAGUUGGAAGAAAGCAGCAAAGGGAGGGAUGCCAGCUUUCUUAGAUUGCCCAUCUCAGAUGGCAGCUCCCUCACCUUUCCUUCAUGCCAGACCCAAAGCGUAGUCAAUUUGAGAUUGAGUCCCUUGGCAACUUGGCAGGUCCCUGAACCUCAGUUUCUGAGGCACCGAUUAAAUAAAAUUCAGAUAUUUUAAUGGACCAGACAACCUGGAAACAGUUUCUAUUUUGACAAUGAAAACUAAGACACAAGCUUUGUUCUUGCCAACGGGCAUCACCAUCCACUGCCCUACACUUCCCUCAAAGGCGAGGCCCCAGAAAUGUGUGAAAAAGGACUGAAAGUUUCUUCCUCAAGAAAUGGUUUCAAGUAUGUUGAGAUUCCCAGAAAAAUGGAUCCAAGAUUUGUUCCAUAGAACAUGGAAGUGAAUCUUUUGGCUUAGAAGAGUCUAAAUGCAGAUAUACUCAGUAAGAUUCGUGUGGCACGUUGGUUAAAGAAUCUUCAUUUGACUCUUGCCCACCGUGUGGGUUUUUUGCGAGGUUUGAAUCAACUUGCCCUUUUAUUAAGCUGAGCAAAGUGUUUCUGCAGCACACAGCCUCGGGGAUAGGUGACGUAAUUUGUCAGUUGAGGCUUCUUUUAUAAUUUGUGAGUAGGAAUAGUGAUAUCCACGCUGCAGAGGACAUGUGGAUUAAAUAACCAUUUGAGCACUGCAGAAUGUCAAAGCCCAACUACCAUUAUGUGGUUUGCAAAUAUCAGUGUUGAGGUAUACUAUCUGAUAGUAAAUUAGCCACUAGUUUAAUAUUUUAGACUACUCUAGCCCAUGACAGUGCUAUAGAGAAGCAAUCCUGUUUAACUAUUUGCUUAAAAGAGAAAAAAGCACAUUAAAAUAAAAUGAAACUUCAGUUUCAAGGUGGCUGGACUGAUUUAAGCACCAUCGGCCAAAGCCAGCAUUGUGGCUGCAGAGAAGAACUGACCACCCUAUCCAAACGGAACCCUUGCACCGGAACGCAAGCGUCCAUCUCUGUCCCUGUGGAACUUCACAUAGUCCAGUCCUGGUUCGUGCACCACACCCAUGGCUGCUGUCGACAGGCUUUCUGAUCCAUAGUAAGGAAACAGCAAUACUUACAUGCGACAGAGAAAUUCACUCCAUACCGUUGCUGACACCCUCAUCCAAACACAGGAAAGACAGCCAAGCAUCAGUUCAUUUUGUUUUUAAUCAUGAAAGAGGGCAACAAAGUGAUCAGAGAAAUUUACCCCAAAGGGAGUAGAGUUAAAUUAGGAAAAUAGAACAGAAAUUUAAAAUAAACACUUUAAGUCGCUGCCUCAGAAAAAAAUCAGUAGAUUAUCACAUACGUAAAACAAAGCAGGCUAAUACUGAAAAAUAAAUAAGCAUCAAAAACGUCUUGGAAAUUGAAUACAUGUCUUUAGAAAUGUGCACAUGUAGACACAAUCAGGUAAAAUUUAGAAAACAGAGGAGCUGAGAAGACAAUCUUAAAGAAGGAUUUUCAUCUGAAUCUUCCUUUGGUUUAGCCACACUGACAGUCAAGGCUGAGAAUUAAAAGGAGCCAGCCUUCAGACACAGAGAGCUUCAAGCUUUCUGAGUUAGAUGAUACUCAAGUGUGUAAUUCAAAUAAUGGAAAAUAAAUCUAGGAAAGGGAAAGACAUAUAUGUACCUGUCAAAUUUAAUAGAAAAUAAAGGUUUCUAUAGUAGAAAUACCAUAACGUUACAUAGAUAUAUGUGCAAAAUCAAGAAAAUUUAGACAUUUAUUAGACAGGACUCCUCAGUUCUCAGAAACCGAAAUAAUGUCUUGACCAGUUAUGCAUAAUUGGGUUAUGUGGGGAUUUUUAGCUCACAAAACUGGCACUUCCAAGAGACCAAUCUUUAUUAUGGGCCUGGUUGCGUUCAGGAGCUGAAACAUUGCCUUAGAGCUGUGUUUCUCUCCAGUCCCUAGAUAAGUUCUUCCCUGUGUUGGUUAAAAUGGCAGACAUUUAUCCAAAAUUUACACCAAUCCAUUUAUUCCUGCCCAAUUGGACCAUCUUCCUGAAUAGCUCUAGUGGAAAGGUACUAAGAAGAACUUUGAUUGGUCCAGCAUGGGACACAUACUCAUCUUUGGAUUGUCCUAGGGGAAAUAGUUGGGGGGAUAUCAUACCCAGAUAUGAUAAAUUGGUUACCUGCAAAGAGGGAAGAAUUCAUUUAACACAAACAGGGUGAGAGCGGUGGGAAGAGAAAAACAGCAGCUGUUUCUCACAUGUUUUUAAAAGAACAGCAAUUGGAACGUAGCUCUGUCUUACAGUGGAGUAACUCGGAAUUUUCUCUGCCCAGGGACUCUAAUAGGCAUGUUAGGAUUCUAGGACUAGAAUUAUGAUUCAGAUGGCAAAGAAACAGGAGCUGGCUGAUACCAGGAAUGCAUCACUUGACUCUUAAGAGAAUCCUGGUCUAAUUUUAGAUCCAUAGUUUUCAAACCUUCAUUAUCUUGCCUUCUUGAAAAUAUAAAAAUGUGCAUAUAGCAGUGCUCUGGAGUCAGCUGGUGGUACUGUUACCUUCAUCAUGCAGUGUCAUUGAGGAGCCCAGGUCUAUGGGACUUUUGACAAGUGCAUUAAUAUAAAAUGUUAUUAAAAGGUGCCCAUCAAACUAAAGAGGCUGCAAUUUUCACAAGGAAUGAACAGGCAAACUUCACUUGGAGGAAAUUGUGCCUAUGGAAUCAAUUAGAGAAAAAGAGAGGAACAAAGUUUGGGGUGCCUACUCAGAGCAGAAUGUACACAAUGCUGGUGGCAAAGGGUAUCUCAAAGGCAAAUCCUAAACCCAGCCCCUCCAAACUGUGCCUCCUGAACAUUUGCACACCUGCGUGUGCCCACAGAGACACUGGGGAUUCUGACCACUCAACAGUGUUUGAUGUUUCCUGUGUAGCCUGGCAUUUCUCUGCUUUUUCCCAUCUUUGACCCACCGGUCCUUCUCUACCUCCCAAAAUCAUGCUCGUGUUAAGAUGCAGUUCAGUGGCCGCUUUCUUGUCUCCUCUAAUUGGAAUGAGCAACCCCAUUUCUGUAUUCCUGUGGUAUUGUCCAUGAGUCCCACCAUCUCAACUCUUAAAUUGACUGAAAUGUAUUUUGUAUGUCGGCAGGCUUAAACUGGGGUACAUGUUCUUCUUGGAGAACAGUUGGACUUUCCAAGGGAAUCCACUUCCAAUUGUUAUACCUCCAUAUGCAUUCUUUCUUGGAAUUCAGGUGUCUGAGAACUCACCUGUGACCAGCAUAAUUCCUAGUCUUUUUCCCCAAUGCCAAUUUUAUAGAUGCCCUUCUGCUCCCUCAUAAAAGACAGACAUAACCCUCACGCAUCAGGAAUGUCACUGGUGUGCACUUUCCUGAGAUAGGCAAACCUUAUUCCCGAUCCCAAACAAAAGAACAAAUGGAAAUAUUGGUAUAAGAUUCAGCAGAUAAAUAACUCUAAUGAGUUGGUGGCAAAUGUUUUUGAAUAUCAGGUGAUUUCCCAGUUUUUCUUUCCAGCCAAAUUGACAAAGGAUCUAAUUGAGUUGUCAGAUUUUAGAUCAUUAAGCAUAAUUUUUAUGACAGAUUAAUUGAUUUUUGACAUAUAUUAGAGGAAAAGUUUUAAAAACCUAAUGGAAUGAUGUAAACAUAAUAAAGUCCCUUAAUUUACCUUUAUAUAUGGCAAGCUUUGCCUAGUGCUUAUAUCUAUAAGAUGAAAAAUACGACUUGAAUUUAUGUCAAACCCAGCCUCAUGCUAGCAAUAAGUAAUCCAGUCAUUUUUAAGGAAUUAAUUGAAAAAGCCUCACUCAUUUAUGAAAUGCAUUUCCAAAUGAUAUUUCACCUUUUUGCUUACCAAAUGCCAAAGUUUCUAGAACAUUUAUGUAGAAAUGUUUGGGUUGGCUGUUUUCUAUUAAUUAGCACAAAUAUAGCUGUUUGAAGGAAUUCAACACAACUGCCUUAUGGUGAGGGGAAAUAAAAAUUACACUUUAACUUAUAUACAUAUAUUAUACAAAGACACUUGAUCAAUUUUAGAAAAUCUCAAGUAUAAAGUAAAUUUAAUUAGGAUGAGAUUCUGUUAGGCAGCGACACAGAAAUGAAGUUCGAGGAAGAAAAGACAUGCUCUAAAGCUCUGCCUGUUAAAGGAAGAGCUCGAUUCCCCAUUUUUACAUAGAGGGGGCUGGGCAUGAAAAUACUACGAUAUUCAUAUUUAUUUAUUUAUAUUUUUUAAAUGGCAAAACAUUUAUUUGUAAAGUAUUAAUAUUUACAACACAAUUAAAACAUACCUCUGUUGCAACCAACAGAACUUGUGAUGGAAAGUUCUAGAUGUCAAUGAAAAAUGGAAAGAGGUGCGUGAUGUUCAAAAUUAUUUGGAGGGAUAUGCACAAAAGAAUUUAUUUAUUUAUUCAUUCAUUCAUUCAUUCAUUUUUGAGAUGGAGUUGUGCUCUGUGGCCCAGGCUGGAGUGCAGUGGUGCGAUCUCAGCUCACUGCAGCCUCCACCUCCCAGGUUCAAGGGAUUCUCUGCCUCAGCCUCACAAGUAGCUGGGAUUACAGGUGUGCACCACCACACCUGGCUAAUUUUUAUAUUUUUAGUAGAGAUGGGGUUUCGCCAUGUUGGCCAGGCUGAUCGCGAGCUCCUCACCUCAAAUGAUCCACCCGCCUAGGCCUCCCAAAGUGCUGGGAUCAUAGGCAUGAGCCACCGCACCUGCCCCCCAAAAAUUGUUGAAAUGCUUUAUGUCAGUUUGUAUCGCUAGAUUAGAAGCACUUUACCUUAUUUUUCCCUUUCUUCCAAGCGCCUAGAAUGUAGAGAACAAAGCACAGGUUGAGAUGUGCAGCAUUGCUUGUUGGUUGUGAGUGGCCUGUGGGAUAGUGGGGUAGCUUUUCUUUCUUCAGAACAUUUUCUCUGGGCCAUAUAAAUUUGGUCAAACUGGCUCUUGAGAAAUCUUCUUUCUUAAUGAACCAUAAAACAGCAAUAUCAUAGGACAUGAGAUCUUUAAUUUGCACUUAAUAAAACAAUAAAAAUUAAUUCAUUCCAAAAUUAUUUGGAAGAUAUUUAUAUUUAGUGAUGAAAUUUUCUUUGCUGACUCUGUAAAACAAAAACUAGUACCAAGCUGAGAAUACUUGUGUUCAGCGUGAGGAACUAGUAGCCCUAAGUUAGCAUUUUCUUCUUUACACUUGAGCUGGAGAAUUUACCAAAGCUCAUUCAGAGAUAUGUAAUGGUAUCUGAACUGUGGGAUUAUAUAACGCAGGCAGAGGACAAUAGAAGGGUUAAUAUUCCUUGCUUAGGCUCUGUGGCUAUUCAUUUAGAAGAGAAUUAAAUCAUGAAUUUAUAUUAGGCUUCUGCUAAAGACAAAGUAAGUGUGUUUUUUCACAUUUGCAAAAAAUCCUACAGUAAUAUAACUUUUCACUUCAAAAAGGUUGUUCAUGACUUAAGAGAAUAGCAAAGUUCUUCCUCUUCCGGGGACGUUGUGUGCAGGCACUCAGAAUGGUCCAGCGUUUGACAUACCGACGUAGGCUUUCCUACAAUACCACCUCUAACAAAACUAGGCUGUUCCCGACCCCUGGUAAUAGAAUUGUUUACCUUUAUACCAAGAAGGUUGGGAAAGCACCAAAAUCAGCAUGUGGCGUGUGCCCAGGCAGGCUUCGAGGGGCUCGUGCUGUAAGACCUAAAGUUCUUAUGAGAUUGUCCAAAACAAACAAACAUGACAGCAGGGCCUAUGGUGGCUCUGUGUGUGCUAAAUGUGUUCGUGACACGAUCAAGCGUGCUUUCCUUAUCAAGGGGCAGAAAAUCGUUGAGAAAGUGUUGAAGGCGCAAGCACAGAGUCAGAAAGCUAAAUAAAAAAUGAAACUUUUUUGAGGAAUAAAAAUGAAAAGACUUGCUGAAA